CGGUGUCCCGCUGUCCCGGAGCUCUGAGUCUGAGGAUCACUGAUCAUGGAGACGCGCAACGGGACGCGGAGCUCCAAUCAGCCGCAGCUGCGCAUUAACGUGCCGAGCAGCGCCAGAGAGAGAGCGGCCAGUGUGGAUCCGUACGGCUUCGAGCGCUCCGAUGACUUUGACUACGAGUCGUACGAGGAGCUGAUGUCCGAGUAUCUGGCCGUUCUCACCAGAAGGUCCAUCAAAUGGUCCAAACUCCUGCAGGGGAAGCGGCGCGUGGACCGGAACCUGAAGGUGAAGCGGUUCGUACGGAAAGGCGUUCCCAACGAGCACCGGCCGCUGGUGUGGAUGGAGUCCAGUGGAGCUCAGGAGAAGAUGGAGAGGAACCCUGGGUAUUAUCACUCACUACUGGACCAACCACACGACCCUAAACUACAGGAGAGCAUCCGCACCGAUCUGCACAGAACCUUCCCAGAUAACGUGCACUUCCGUCGGUCGGCGGAUCCGUGUCUGCAGUCGGCGCUGUAUAACGUGCUGGUGGCGUACGGACACCACAAUAAAGCUGUGGGAUACUGUCAGGGAAUGAACUUCAUCGCAGGAUAUCUGAUCAUCAUCAGUAAAGACGAGGAGACGUCCUUCUGGCUGAUGGAGGCGCUACUGGGCAGAAUCCUGCCAGAUUACUACGGUCCGGCUAUGCUGGGUCUGAAGGCGGAUCAGGAGGUUCUGGGAGAGCUGGUGCGGCUCAAGGUUCCGGCGGUCUGGCGGCUCAUGCAGGAUCACGGGGUCAUGUGGUCUCUGGUGGUCUCACCCUGGUUCAUCUGCCUGUUCAUCGACGUCCUGCCCGUGGAGACGGUGCUCCGGAUCUGGGACUGUCUGUUCUACGAGGGCUCGAAGAUCCUGUUCCGUGUGGCUCUGACUCUGAUCCGACGCCAUCAGGACCUGAUCCUGCAGGCCCAGAACCUGCCCGACGUCUGCGAGCGCUUCAAGCGCAUCACCAGCGGAGCCUUGGUCCACGACUGCCACGCCUUCAUGCAGGCGAUCUUCCUGGAUCCCGGGAGUCUGUCCAAGUCCAGCGUGUCGAAGCUGCGCGAGAGCUGCCGCGCGCGGAUCGUAGCCGGAGAAUCCUGACUUACACACUCAAACAUUCCCACUGUUAGCGUGCAGACGCUCACUCAGUAGUGCGCUAACAGACUCCAUGAAGAGGUGUAUUUUCUUACGUUUGUAGAACUGUGUGUAUA